AUGCGUGCACGUCCUUACUACACGAAAGCACGUAAUAAUUUGCGAUCAUUGCUUGUUACCAUUUUCAUAUUUUUGCACGUCGUUAUUCAUGUUGUUUCUGGGGCUUCAGAAUCAGAAACCCUCAUCAAGUUCAAGGGGUUCCUUGAAAACAAUGAAGCAUUAACCAGUUGGAGGUCAGGCACAACCCCAUGCUCUGGGAAUGUACCAAAUUGGGUUGGUAUUCAUUGCUUGCAAGGAAAAGUUUGGGGCUUAAAACUAGAGAAUAUGGGACUAAAAGGUGUCAUUAAUGUGGAAUCGCUCAUGUCAUUGCCAUAUUUGAGGACCUUAAGCUUCAUGAAUAAUCACUUUGAUGGUCCAUUGCCGGAUUUGAAGAAACUCCCUGCAUUAAAGUCAGUGUAUUUGUCACACAAUAAUUUUUCAGGAGCUAUUCCCAGUGAUGCAUUUUUUAAUAUGCUGUGGUUGAAGAAAUUGUAUUUGGCGCACAAUAAAUUUACGGGUACUAUUCCUAUAUCAUUAUCACCAUUGCCAAAGCUUUUGGAAUUGAGGCUUGAGUAUAACCAAUUUGAAGGCCAAAUACCCGAUCUUCGUCAAGGACAGUCUUUGCAAUCUUUCAAUGUAUCAUACAACAAUUUGGAAGGUUUAAUACCAGGAAGUUUUGCCAUGGUAGAUUCGAGCUGCUUCUUGGGCAACGAGGGUCUAUGUGGAGGUCCUUUAAGAAAAUGUGGCAAAACCUCGAAGGGGAGUAUCAUUGUGGUUGUCAUAGUUGUGGGGCUGGCACUAGGCGCCAUUGGUGCGGUGAUCUUCAUCCUUAGCUGCCGGAGCAAACCAGUUUCAUCAGUAGAGGCUCCGUCAUCAAAAUCAGGUUCCGAAAAGAAAACAGGUAUUAAAGAGUCAGAACAAGCUUCGUAUGGUUCACCAGAUCCCUCUGGAAGCAGCAACAAGAAGGUUGAGAAUACACUGAAGCUGACCUUUGUCAGGGAUGAUAGGGAGAUGUUUCAUUUGCAAGACUUGCUUAGAGCCUCAGCUGAGAUAUUGGGAAGUGGAUCCUUUGGGUCUUCUUAUAAGGCAGGUUUGGUGACUGGAUCAGUGAUGGUUGUGAAGAGGUUCAAGCAAAUGAACAAUGUUGGGAAAGAAGAGUUUCAAGAGCAUAUGAGAAAACUAGGGAGCUUCUCACACCCUAAUCUGCUUCCUCUGGUUGCAUACUACUAUAGGAAGGAAGAGAAGCUCUUGGUAUAUGACUAUGUUGCGAAGGGUAGCUUGGCUGAUCAUAUUCAUGGACAUAAAGCUCUAGGCCAACUAAGCCUUGAUUGGCCAACCCGGUUAAAGAUUGUCAAAGGCAUUGCCAAGGGCCUUCAGUAUCUCUACACUGAGCUUCCUAGCCUAAUCGUUCCCCAUGGCCACCUAAAGUCCUCAAAUGUUCUUCUCAAUGAAUACUGGGAGCCCCUUCUCACUGACUAUGGUCUAGUCCCUGUGGUGAACCAAGAGCAUGCCCAACAGCUCAUGGUGGUUUACAAGUCUCCAGAGUACUCACAACUGGGAAGAAUAACAAAGAAGACUGAUGUAUGGAGCUUUGGAAUAUUGAUAUUAGAGAUCUUAACAGGGAAGAUCCCUUCCAACUUUCUACCAAAGUGUAAGGGAAGUAAGGAGGAAUUGGCAAGUUGGGUCAAUUCAAUUGUUCCUGAAGAAUGGACAGAGGAAGUGUUUGACAAGGAGAUGCGACCAAUUUGGGGUAGUGAGGGAGAGAUGCUGAAGCUUUUGAAGAUUGGAUUGAAUUGUUGUGAAGGGGAUGUGGAGGAGAGGUGUGAUUGGAAGGAGGUUGUUGAAAGGAUUGAAGAGCUGAGAGAGCAGGAUGGUGAUGAUGAUGAUUUUUCCUACACUUCAUGA